AUGCCCCCCGCUGGGGGCUAUCAGCCCAUCCAGUAUAAGCGCAACCUCCCCGUCCGCGGCUUCCGGCCCGUCUACUACCUCGUCGGCAUGCACCUGAUCAUGGCAUACGGCUUCUACAAGGUAUUCCUGGGAAUCCGGGAGCAGAAGCGGAGGAAGACCGCGACCAGGUCCGCAGACACCUGGCGGACAAAGCGCGGGAGAAGCACCUGA